AUGUCGAGCACUCAGCCGUCCAACAGCUACGAGGUGGUGAGAAACAUCCCCAACGACCAGGCAAAGGCGAUCCUGCUCUCCCUGUGCACGAAUCCCGCCAUCUGCGCAAAGGUCGCCACGUACGCAAAGCGGCUCGAUGAGGAGGCGUUGUCUAAGAAGCACAAGCCCGACUCGACCAUUGCCAUCUGCGUGCAGUGCGACCAGCCGUAUUACGAGGAGGACAAUGACGAUACCAGCUGUGUACACCAUGAUGGUGUCUUAGAAGUCAACUACAAGGCAGAGGUCUGGGAGGAGAUCUCCGACGACGGCCCAAUUGACUCGUCAGACAACGAGGAAGACGUCCCCGAGGGCUUCAACUGGACCUGCUGCGGCACCAUCGGCACCUCUGAAGGAUGCAAAAAGGGCCCGCAUCAGUCCGACCCCGAGAAGUCGAGGAAAGGCGCUCAUGUUAAGGCCAAGGAUGAGGAGUGA